AUGACACCCCCCAGAGAGGUGCCACGCGUUGUCGGCCCUAAUUGGGCAAAUCGCUUUUUUGAGCACCUAGGCACCGAAUACGCACGAAUCGUACAAAAGCCAAUGGACCCGAGGAGGUUCAACGCGCAGGAUCUUGGUGUCUUACAAACCUGGUUUGACCGUCUAAAGAUCGAAAUCGAUACCUAUAAAAUUACGCCUUCAAACAUUUUCAAUUUCGACGAAACCGGGUUCCGGCUUGGACAUGGGGAAAAGGAGGCAAUAAUUACUGCAUAUGAGUGCAAUGAGAUUGACAGCGCGGGAAACCGGGAAUCUAUUACAAUUAUUGAGUGUAUAAAUGUGCUUGGAAAGAUAAUUCCUCCCUUUAUUAUACUCGCUGGCAAGGCCCAUUUGGAGGAGUGGUAUCGUGAUCUAGAGGAUGAUUACGUUCUCGCAGGGGAUAAGGGAUAUCGACUUCUUCUUAUGGAUAAUUGCGGCGCUCAUUUGACAUGGCAAUUUCUUGAUUAUUGUCAACGGCAUCAGAUUAUAUGUUAUUCAUUUCCACCUCAUACGACUCAUAUGUUACAGCCCUUAGAUAGCGUGCCUUUUCAACAAUAUAAGCAUUUCCACGGCAAAGCGGUGAAUCGUCAAGCCCAGCUUGGAGCCAAUCUUACGAUAAAAAUGAUUUCUUACAUAAGCUUCAUAAAGUACGGCAACAGGCCUUUACACGGCGUACGAUCAAGGCAGGAUUCCGGAAUACAGGCACCUUUCCCUACGAUCCGGAGAGGAGCAGAACAUUCCAAGUUCACCAACAACCGGAUCUCACUCACCCCCGAGGGACAUCCUAUCUUUGAGGAAAGUGUCAAUAGACUUACAGAGGUUAACUGGCGCCGGAGCCGUAAAAAAACUAAGCGCCAGGUGCAGGUUGGAGGUGUUCUUACUGUAAAGGAUGCAAAUCGCUACAUUGAGAAUCGUAAGAUUGAUGAGAUGGCUAAAAAUAAGAAGAGGAUAGAGAGAGAGCGCGUAGGGCACGCCAAUGAUUAUGAUUAUGAUUACUUUACCUAUUCCCAUAAUCAUAAUCAUUAG